AUGACUGAGCAGAAGUUCAAGGAGGUUCGCGAGAUCCUGGGAGCCCCGCCCAGGCACUGGGUUGGCAACGGCUUCCACGUGUUCCCCGUGUUUCACAACAAGGCGUUCACGAAGGAGCUCUCCCCGUGGCUCAUGUUCGACUACGCGGCGCCCAAGGAAUUCAAGCCGAGCUACGAGAGAAGAGGAGUCGGGCAACAUCCCCAUCGCGGAUUCGAGACCAUCACAAUCGCGUGGCAGGGCGAGGUCGAGCACGGCGAUUCUGUCGGAAAUCGCGACGUCAUCGGCCCGGGCGACGUGCAAUGGAUGACCGCGGCGCGUGGUAUCAUCCACGAGGAGUUCCACUCCACGGAUUUCCAGCAGACCGGCGGCGUGUUUGAGAUGGCGCAGCUCUGGCUGAACCUGCCAAAGAGACACAAGAUGAAAAAGCCGCGAUACCAGCCCAUCCUAGCGAAGGACAUCCCGGUGAUUCCCCUCAAGUGCGCCAACGACGAAGACCGGGAGAAGCUCACGGGAGAGAACACCAUCAGGGUCAUCGCGGGCGACGAGGCGACGUACGGAUGCAAGGCUCCCGCGGACACCCACUCGCCGGUGGAGCUCCUGGACAUUCGCAUCGCCAACUCGAAGGUUCCGUUCGACGUGCCGAUCCCGGAGGGGCACAACACCAUCGUGUUCGUGCGCCGCGGGGAGAUCACGGUCGGCGAGAAGGAUAAGAAGGUGGAGCAGCAGGGCGUGGCGUUGAUGCACCUCGGCGGGGACACGCUGAGGCUGACGGCGACGCAGAAGAACACGGAGGUGCUGCUGCUGGCCGGGGAGCCCAUCGACGAGCCGAUCGCGGCGCGGGGGCCGUUCGUGAUGAACACGCACGAGGAGAUCCUCCAGGCCAACAAGGACUUCAUGAAUGGUAAGAUGGGACGAUAG